UGAGAAGAAAAACAUCUUCUUCUUCUUCAAUCCAAAGAUCCUUUCCUCUGAAUCAAAACUUGCAUCCAUGAAUGGCACUCGCUCUCGUUCCCGACCCGAGUAUAUCCCGGGCCAUAUUCCGGACCCUUCCUACGUCCGGAUUUUGGACACCACCCUCCGAGACGGCGAGCAGGCCCCCGGCGCCGCCAUGACCGCAGAGCAGAAGCUACAGAUCGCGCGGCAGCUGGCGAAGAUGGGCGUGGACAUCAUCGAGGCGGGGUUCCCUUGUGCAUCGCAGGAGGACUUCAACGCCGUGAAGAUGAUAGCGCAGGAAGUUGGAAACAAAUGCGACGAUGAUGGGUACGUUCCGGUGAUUGUUGCGAUUUGCAGGUGCAAUGAGAAGGACAUUAGAACUGCAUGGGAGGCUGUGAAGGAGGCGAAGAGGCCGAGGCUUUUGCCCUUCAUCGCCACCAGCCCCAUUCACAUGGAGUACAAGCUCGGAAAAACCAAACAAGAGGUUCUUCAAAUAGCUCGUCACAUGGUCGCUUUCGCUCGCAGUUUGGGUUGUGGUGACAUCGAGUUCGGCGCUGAAGAUGCAGCCAGAUCGGAUAGAGAGUUUCUGUAUGAAAUAUUUGGAGAAGUUAUAAAAGCAGGGGCAACAACUGUGGUCAUAGCAGACACUGUGGGCAUAACAAUGCCAUUCGAGUUUGGAAAAUUGAUUUCUGAUAUAAAAGCAAAUACCCCUGGAAUUGAAAAUGCUGUCAUUGCUGUUCACUGUCAUAAUGAUCUUGGGCAUGCUACUGCAAACACAAUAGAGGCUGCUCGUGCUGGUGCAAGGCAACUAGAAGUAACCAUUAAUGGGAUCGGUGAAAGGGCUGGUAAUGCUGCAUUCGAAGAGGUUGUGAUGGCCCUGAGAUGCAGGGGAGAUCAUGUUUUAAGUGGUUUAUAUACUGGAAUUAAUACAAAGCACAUACUGAAGACCAGCAAGAUGGUUGAAGAGUUCUCUGGUAUGCAUUUACAGCCACACAAAGCUAUAGUAGGUGAUAAUGCCUUUCUCCAUGAAAGUGGCAUUCAUCAGGCUGGAUUGUUAAAGCAUAGAGGUACAUAUGAAAUACUUUCUCCUGAAGAUAUUGGUUAUGAGAGAACCAGUGGACCUAAUAUGGUACUAGGGAAGCUAAGUGGACGCCAAGCUUUGAAAAAUCGCCUUAAAGAGGUAUGCAACUAUUUGUUUUACUCAAAGGCACAAUCACCAUUCUUCUGUUUCAUGAGCUAUUUUCUACCUUUUCAGCUUGGUUAUGAACUCAAGGUGGAUGAAGUUGAGAGUGUAUUUAAAAACUUCAAAGCAAUGGCUGAAAAAAGAAAGAGAGUUACUGAUGCUGACCUGAAAGCAUUGGUAUCAGAAAAAGUUUGUGAUGUAGAACCUAUUUGGAAACUUGGUGGGUUGGAGGUGAUUUGUGGAACUAUGAAGUUUUCAUCAACAAGUAUCAAACUUGUUUCAAUUGACGGUAGUACACACGUUGCUUGUUCUGUCGGAAAAGGACCAGUGGAUUCAGCUUACAAAGCUGUCGAUCUCAUUGUGAAGGAAGCUGUGAAAGUACUUGAGUACUCUCUAAAUACAGUCACUGAAGGCACUGAUGCAAUUGCAACUGUACAUGUUGUACUUCGAAAAGAGAACAUGCACUCAGAUACUUCUACGUUAAAUGGAAACAUUAUUAAUUCAACAUUUAGUGGGAUUGGAAAAGGAGUAGAUGUUGUUGUUUCCAGUGUAGAGGCUUAUCUUACUGCACUAAACAAAAUGCUCCAGUUCAAGGAAUGAUUUAUGUUUGAUAAUAUUCUAGCGUACGAAUAUGUUAUAAAUUUAAUUACCUAUUUGUAAUUUUUUUAUUUAUGUUUAAAAUUAAAUAAAGUAUUCCUGAAUUUACUUUGCCAAGUCUCCAUAUCAAGGCACGAGUAUGUCAAAACCAAACUAAGUAAUGUCUCCCUCAAAUAUUUGAAUUACAAAUGUUAUUCCUUUUUAAUUAUUUUAAGGGUAGCUUUAUGUUGGAUUAAAUGUAAGACCGUUUAUUUUUCC